AUGGUGAUGACCAAUACGCACUUCAGAAAAUUACAAAACCUUUGCGACGAAUAUGACCAGUUAGCCAUCAAGCCUGUAAAAUUCCUUUAUUUUGUGACUGGGAAACCUUUUAAAUGUCUGAAAUGUGUACCCAAACAUGUAUCAAAAUUAAAUUUAACGUCUCUUGACGAAAAUUCUAACAUAACUGAAAUAGUUCAGAUACUGGCAGAUUUCGCCAUCAAAGACGAAAAUAUAAAAGUCAAGCCAGAAUAUAAAAUGCACCAACCAACUCUUUUUUCUUCGAUUCCUCUGAAAGACAUAAAUCGUGUAUGUCAUAUUAAUUGCGUAACUUCAAACCUGAUUUGGAUCAGUGACUAUAAAAAUAGUCUCUUGUUGAUGAGAAUUGAAGAAAACAGGAUAUCCGUAGCUCAUCGAAUUCUUGAAGACUUUGGGGGACUUGGUGUGUACACGGUGUCCACAACAGGCGACCUGAUUUAUAUUGACAAAGGGUCAGAAAUCAGGAAACUGUCUUCAGAUUGUAACACGAAAGUAAGUUUAUUUAAAAUAGGUAAUGACUGGCGACCACGGUGCAUUCAUUAUUCCCAUUUCAACAGGGACUUAGUCAUUGGAAUGUGGAAGGAAAAGAGAUGCCGAAUAGUCAGGUAUGAUAUUUCGGGUCAAGAAAUCCAAGAUUCUGAGAAUGGAAGUCCGACACUAUAUAAAUAUCCGGCUUACAUAACAGAAAACUGGAACGGUGACGUCAUCGUAGCAGAUUUGGAUAAACAGGCAGUUAUAGUAACAGAUCACAAAGGUGUCUAUCGAUUUUCCUAUGAAGGUCCACCAAAUGGACCAAAGUUGGACCCACGUGGAAUCUGUGUAGAUGUACUUGAACACAUAUUAGUGAGUGACUGGACAAGCAGUUCAGUGCAAGUAAUUGAUAAAGACGGUGUAUUUUUGCUUACAUUGCUUACUGCUAGCAGAAACAGUCCGCCAUAUAGGAUAUGUUAUGAUGAAGCAAAACAUCUUCUUUGGGUAGGCUAUGAUAACUCUAGCAAAGUGACUGUGUUUAAAUAUCUAAAUUAG